UUAUAUUAUGACGUCGUGAUGUUACAUAUUACAUGUGACGGUAUAUGACCUGUGACGUUGUUGUGUUUGGACCCAGGCUUCACGUGCACUGUUAUGUUAACAGCCCCACUUGUGUUACGGACCACUGGACCUUGUUCAUGUGUGGGGUCCUCGCCAGCGAGAUGACCUUUGACCUGCACGACAAAGCGCCACGAUGACGUCACAACCGCUGAAUGCAGACUGCAGGAAUACAAACCCGAGCUGUCUACACAACAACAGCUUCAACAAAGUUGGAGUCAUGGAGAAGAGUCCAAAUGCGGAGACACACACAGAGGACACGGCCUGCAUGUGUUUACAGAGAAGUUCCUCUCUCAGACGUAAAUGGAGGAAACGUUAUGGAGGUCUGGAUGGAAACAAACUUCUAGAACCUGAACAAGACUUACACACCACAGAAGAGGCACAUAAGAAGGAUGACAAGCUGAAUAGCGCUAACAACCAGCUUUCAGCACCACAGCCAGCUUCCCGGAUUCUGAUCCAGAACCAACUUCAGAGUCCAGUCCAGAAGCCCGUCAGUCUGGUCAGUCCCGAAGCUGCAGGUGCGUCUGGAGCGCCAUGUCCAGUGGUUCCAGUGUCUGCCAGGGGUGGCUGCCAGAAGCCCCUCCCCCCUCAAGCCGUGGUCCAACCAGAGGACAGGUGCCAGCAGGCGGCCCAAUCCUGGUGCCCUCCCCAGCAGACGCCAGCCAAACGCAAGGCCGCCGCUGACGUUCUCUUCGACACAUUCGCCUGCGAUGGAAGAAUCAACACCAAUCAUUUCUUUGAGGCUGUCUGGGGUUCUGGUCUUCACCGAUCCGACUCGCGGCUCCAGGACUGCUUGUCCCUUCUCAGGAAGCUUCAGGACGCUGAUGCUUGUGUUGACAGAAGCACCUUUCACAGGUGCGUGACAGGUGUGGUUUCUCUCCUGAUGAAAGCGCUCCAGGGAAGACUGGUGAUUCCAGACUUUUCCAGCUUCACUGAGGAAACUCAGAAGUUGUUUUCGCGAUGUCGACAGCUGUCGUGUAUUCAGGACAAAGACAACAUGGACACUGUCAAAUGGGGCGUGUCCAUGUGCACGGUGGAUGGUCAGAGAUUGUCGCUAGGCGACUGGGCGACAUCCCUUCCACUGGGCGAACUGUCAUGGCCGCUGGUGUACGGCGUGGCGGUGGAGCUGCUGGGCUCCCAGCUGGUCCACAGGUACGUGGGCAUGGGGCCGUAUUCCUUGCGGGAGUCUCCCUUCUCGCUCAGCAAAGCAGGAACCCCUCACAGUCCGCUGACGGAGACCGGCGCCAUCGUCACUGCCUCCUUGCUGCAGCUGCCGGGGCGUCUGUGCGCUGAUGAAGAGGAGAAGUACGACGUGGUGCUGAACAUCAUCCAGAGGUUGUGUAACAAAGAAUACGCCGGCAUCAACUGCACCAGUUUGCAGAGUAGUAAGAACACCAAAGCGCAGCUUCACGCACUUGGCUUCUACCUGCAGGAGAAGCAGUGCUUGCCAGAGAAGACAGACGUCAACGCCGCCUUGGACCUGCUGUUGCAGUGUUCCUCCACGGAGGUGACAUGCGAGUCGGGUGCGGCCAUGGCAGCGUCGCUGGCUAACGGCGGCCUCUGCCCGCUCUCAGGAGACCAGGUUCUGUCACCAACGACCACCCGGAGCGUUCUGUCCGUGAUGCAGGUGGCCGGGAUGAAGGACUACUCCGUUGACUUCCUCUAUAAGGCGUCCAUACCAGCCGUGUCCAGCAGCCAUGGCGGCCUGCUCGCCAUCAUUCCAGGCGUCCUGGGUCUGAUGGCAUUCUCUCCAGAGUUGGACUCCUACGGAAACCCAUGGAGGGCGGUCCACUUCUGCCAGGUGGUGAUCACACGUUCAUUCCAGACAUUUUGUACUUUCUUUGAGCUUUUACCGUGUGCCCUCAGGAGCUGGUGUCCACCUUUCAGCUCCAUGCCUUUGACAUCAGGACGCCUUUCCGGCAGGUUCUGGCCUACAGGCAGUGGAAAACAGAAUCUGAGGGUUACCACAUCAUCAACGUCCUGUUGGCUGCCUUCAAAGGAGAUGUUCGGGCGCUGCGACGCUACUUCCUGUCUGGAGUGGACGUCAACGCUGUCGACUACGAUGGCAGGUCAGCGCUGCACUUGGCUGCUGCUGAAGGUCACACAGAGGUCAUCCGCUUCCUAUUGGAGAACACAGGAGCCAAUCCCGCCCUCAAGGACAGGUGGGGGAGCUCACCUCUACAAGAGGCAAGAAGACACAACCGAGAGGGGGCGGUCCAGCUGCUGCAAGCAACCAUGUGAUGCUUCCAAUAAACUAAUACCAACUCGUUGGGAUCAACAGAAAACAGAACAUAUUCCGUGUAACUGUCAUUUUUAACCUUCUACUUAGUCAUCAGCAGGGGGCAGUGUCAUACAAGGAACAAGACAUUAACACGUGGAUUUGGGGUUUUAGACAAGCACAUUGUCCGGUUUCCAUGACAUCUUUUUUUUUUAAGAGCACGUCA